GCCCCGAUGUAUCAUUAAUCGGGUUGCUUGCUCAUCCUUCCCACUUGCAUCGCACUCUUGUGUCUCUCCCGCUCGUCAAAAGGCCUUGCAUCGCUAGCAUACUUGCACUCGUUCAAGCACUCGCGCCAGCUUGACACGCUAUCAACUCGGCUCCUCCCUUCUCCAACCCUCUUCACCAUCUUUCGUACAUUCUCCAAGAUGCGCCCGUGGACGUUCGAGGCGCACAUCCCUCGCACUGUGUUUGGGCAAGGCACCCUGUCCAAGAUCCCCGAGGAGGUCGAGAGGCUCGGUGCUAAGAGCGUCCUCGUCGUGACCGAGGAUACCGACCGACAGAUUGCCCUCGCCGAGCGCAUCAGCAAGGAUCUCGGCAAGGACCGCGUUGCCGGCGUGUGCACCGACGCUGUCAUGCACACUCCGGAGGAUGUGACCAACAAGGCCCUCGAGCAGCUUAAGGCAUCCAAGGCUGACUGCCUCGUCUCUGUUGGAGGCGGAUCUACUGUCGGCCUCGGCAAGGCCCUUGCGAUCCGCACCGGCAUUCCCCACAUCGCCGUGCCGACGACCUACGCCGGCUCUGAAGCGACGCCCAUUCUCGGCGAGACUGUCAACAAGCUGAAGACGACACGUUCGGACCCCAAGAUCUUGCCCAACACCAUUGUUUACGACGUUGACCUGACGCUUUCGCUCCCCGCCCAGCUGACGUACACUUCGGGGAUGAACGCCAUCGCCCACUGCGUCGAGGCGCUCUACUCGCCCACAAUCAACCCCAUUAUCGAAGGUGUCGCCAUCUCGGGCAUCACAAACCUCUACAACGCGCUGUUGGCACUCAAGGAUUCGCCAAACGACAUCGACGCGCGCGCGCAGGCGCAGCAGGGCGCGUACGCUGCAGGCGUGUGUCUCGGCCACGUCGGCAUGGCGAUCCACCACAAGCUGUGCCACACCCUUGGCGGCACAUUCAACCUCCCGCACGCUCAGACGCACACUGUCGUGCUUCCCCACGCCAUGGCGUACAACAUGGAGGCAGCCCCAGAGGCCAUGGGCAAGAUCGCCAAAGCUAUCGGCGUCGAAGGCUCGCCCGCCAAGGCGCUGUGGGAGCUCGAGAAGACGCUCGGCACCGUCCAGAGCCUCGAAUCACUCGGGCUCAAGAAGGAGGACCUCGAGACGGCUGCCGAUCUUGCCGCCAAGGCGCAGUACCCCAAUCCCGCGCCACUCGAGCGCCCCAAACUUCUGGCUCUCCUCGAGAACGCCUUCUACGGCCGCCCGCCGUCUGCGUAGGUCUCCCGUGCGCAUACGCAACUGUGGUAACCGUAGGAGCGGAAUGAGGUUGAAGAUCUGACGAGAGCUGUAGUUCAAAUGUAUGUAUCUGGUGGCGGGGGGAGUGUAAGCAUCUUGCAAAGCGCUCGCCACGGAUAUCUCGA